UCCACCCAGUUUCAGACCGCCUGGAAGCUAAGCCAUAGCUUUCUCAGCCAGAGCAAAAGUGAGUGUGAAACCUCUUAAUAAAACUCUAUUUAGCGGCACAGUCCUGACCUUCUGGACAGAGCUACUAAGGCCCUGGGAAUAUAUGAAGAAGUUCCCGUGAACCUAGUUACAAAAAAAGAGCAAUGGAAAUUGGAUGGAAGCACAAUCUGAGACAAAGGCAAGUCCUAAUUUUCUUUGUUUUGCUCAGCAUGUCUGGGGUGGGCGCCGAACUGGGACCUUAUUCAGUAGUGGAAGAAAUGGAGAGGGGCUCCUUUGUGGCAAAUCUGCAGAAAGAUCUGGGGCUAGGGUUAACGGAGAUGUCCACCCGCAGGGCACGGAUCAUUUCCAAGGAGAACAAAGAAUAUUUGCAGUUUCAGGUUCAGACUGGGGAUUUGCUCAUAAAUGAGAACCUAGAUCGAGAGGAGCUAUGCGGCCCCACUGAACCUUGCCUACUACAUUUUCAAGUGCUAAUGGAAAAACCUUUAGAGAUAUUUCAGGCUGAACUGCGGGUGAAAGACAUAAAUGACCACUCUCCCGUGUUCACUGAAAAAAAUAUGACUCUAAAAAUACCAGAAAACAGCCCUCUAGGAAUUCUAUUCCCUCUGAGUAAUGCGGUGGACUUGGAUGUAGGAAGUAACAACUUUCAGACCUAUAAAAUCAGCCCCAACUCCCAUUUUCGGGUUUUAACUCGCAAUCGCAGCGAUGGCAGAAAAUACCCUGAACUGGUGUUGGAUAAAGAACUAGAUCGGGGGCCUCCCCGGUGGCGCAGCGAUCGGGAGGAGGAGCCUGAAAUCGCAUUAACCCUGACCGCGCUGGAUGGAGGCUCUCCACCUCGGCACGGGACCGCGCAGGUGCGCGUUGAAGUGGUGGACAGCAAUGAUAACGCCCCUCAAUUUGGACAGCCGCUCUACACAGUGCAUAUUCCCGAGAACAGCCCCUUGGGCUCUCUGGUUGUCACCGUCUCCGCCACGGAUUUGGACAGUGGCGUCAAUGGGAAAAUAACAUACACGCUCUUCCAGCCUUCAGAAGAUAUUAGUAAGAUUUUGGAGGUAAAUCCUAUAACAGGCGAAAUUCGACUGAAAAAACAAGUAGAUUUUGAAACAACUCUGUCUUACGAAGUGGACAUCAAGGCCACUGAUGGGGGAGGUCUUUCAGGAAAAUGCACUCUUCUUCUGCAGGUGCUGGAUGUGAAUGAUAACCCCCCAGAAGUGACGAUGUCUGCAUUCACCAGCCCCAUCCCAGAAAACUCGCCUGAGAUUGUAGUUGCUGUUUUCAGUGUAUCAGAUCCGGAUUCCGGAGACAAUGGGAAAACUAUUUCGUCCAUCCAGGAUGACCUUCCCUUUCUUCUAAAGCCUUCAGUCAAGAACUUCUACACGCUGGUGACAGAAGGAGCCCUGGGACAGGAAAGGCAGGCCGAGUACAACAUCACGAUCACCGUCACGGACUUGGGCCCCAGGCUGAGGACCCAGCACCACAUCACCGUGCUGGUGUCCGACGUGAACGACAACGCCCCCGCCUUCAGCCAGAGCGCCUACACGCUGCUGGUGCGCGAGAACAACAGCCCCGCGCUGCACAUCGGCAGCGUGCGCGCCACCGACGCCGACGCGGGCUCCAACGCGCAGCUCACCUACUCGCUGCUGCCCGCCGGCCGCGCGCCGCCGCCCGCCGCGCUCGUGGCCGUCAACGCCGACACCGGCCAGCUGUUCGCGCUGCGCUCGCUCGACUACGAGGCGCUGCGCGCCUUCGACUUCCUGGUGGGCGCCACGGACCGCGGCUCGCCCGCGCUCAGCGGCCAGGCGCGGGUGCGCGUCGUGGUGCAGGACGCCAACGACAACGCGCCCUCCGUGCUCUACCCGCCGCCCAACGCCUCGGCGCCCUGCCCCGAGCUGGCGCGCGCGGCCGACGCGGGCUACCUGGUCACCAAGGUGGUGGCGGUGGACGGCGACGCGGGCCAGAACGCCUGGCUGUCGUUCCAGCUGCUCAGGGCCACGGCCGGGCUGUUCGGCGUGUGGGCGCACAACGGCGAGGUCACCGCCAGGCCGCUGGGCGAGCGCGACGCGCCCAAGCACCGGCUGGUCGUGCUGGUCAAGGACAACGGCGAGCCGCCGCUGUCGGCCAGCGUCACGCUGCACGUGCUGCUGGUCGACGGCUUCUCGCAGCCCUACCUGCCGCCGCCCGACGCGCCGCCGCCCGCCGCGCAGGCCGACCGCCUCACCGCGUCCCUGGUGGUGGCGCUGGCCGCCGUGUCGUCGCUCUUCCUCCUGUGCGCGCUCGCCUUCGCGGCCGCGCGCCUGUGCGGGAGGCGCGGGCCGGCGCGCGCGCGGGCUCGCUGGGCCCGACGGCCCCUUCCGGGCCGCCUGGUGGACGUGGGCGGCGCCGGGACGCUGUCCCACAGCUACCAGUAUGAGGUGUGCCUGACGGGGGGCUCAGGGACCAACGAGUUCAAGUUCUUAAAACCGGUUAUCCCUAAUCUGCAAUAGUAGAGCACAACAAGUGGAGUGAAAGAAAACCUGCUGCCAAUCAGAGAACAAAUUCCCGGGGUUCUGAAACACUGAAA